GUGGAAUUACUCAACUUGACCAAUUUUGGACGAAUCGAACCUCGGCUCAAACUCCAGCUCCGCGUCGCGAUUGCCGCCCCGCUGCGAACCUGGAAGCUUACGACUCCAACUGAGCACCCACUUCUUCUUCAAACCAACCUGUCGUCCUUGUAGUCGCGCAUUUCAAUCAGCGUAUAUCAUCAUAUCCACUUUCAUCAUGGGCAAAGAAUUGGGUCCUGGCGUCGGCUUUGAGUUUCCCUCGUAUGAGGUGAAAUGGCUCAAGCGCGACCUGCUGCUUUUUGCGAACAGCAUUGGCGCUACCUACCCAGAUGAGCUACACUUUCUCUACGAGCUCCAUCCCUCGUUUGCCGCCUUUCCGACUUAUCCUAUCAUCCUCCCUUUCAAGCACACGGACCAAGAAGUCAUUGACUUUUACGCGCGCAGCAAUGCAGAGCCUAUUGAAGGUGUUCCCAAGUUCGACACCAAGCACAUCCUCGAUGGCGAGCGCAAGAUCCAAGUCCUCAAACCACUUCCUGUAACAAGCGAUGGACGCAAGUUUGAGAUCAGGAGCAAGGUACUCGGUGUUUAUGACAAGGGCAAGGCUACCGUCGUGGAGACGGAACAACGCCUUGUUGAUGCUGAGAGUGGAGAGACCUACACCAGAGCUGUAGGCAGUGGCUUCUACGUUGGCCAGGGCGGUUGGGGUGGACCGAAGGGACCCAAACAGCCCAACUACCCUCCACCCUCGCGUAACCCCGACCACACCCAUGUCCAUCAAACCACAAUGGAGACAGCACACCUGUACCGUCUGAAUGGCGACUACAACCCUCUCCACGCCGACCCUGAGCCAGGCAAGAAGAUGGGUUUCGGUGGCCCCAUCAUCCACGGUCUGUUUUCCUGGAACAUGUCUGCACAUGCCAUCUUGAAAGCAUUUGGUGGCUCGAAACCUGAAAACUUGAAGGAGUUCCAGGCGAGAUUUGCGGCACCUGUCAAGCCAGGAGACAAGCUGAUUACGGACAUGUGGAGGACUGGCGAUAUAAAUGCUGACGGAUUGGAGGAGAUUAGGUUCAUCGUAAAGGUUGAGGGAGGUAAGACUGUUCUCACCAAUGGACGCGCGCUUGUCAAGUGCGAGGGUCAAGGCAAGGCGAAAUUGUAGAUAGACCUAUAUUCACUGCAUUGCAUUUUCAAGGAUGUGCAAAGGCCAUGUAGGUAGUGCUACGUAUGAAACUUACUGAAAUCAACUUGAAAUAUGCGCGCAU